CCUUGAUCGAUGAUACGUGCCAGACGCAGCGUAGCAGAAUGCCGAUAAUUACACAGAUGACAGCGGUGCGUGGCUGGCAGAUAGGAGGUCGUUCAAAGUCUCGAAUGGUCAAUGGCGAUCGUCGAAGUUUCGAGAACUGGUUUGAUCCUGAAGACGUGAGAUGCUGUCUCGGUCACGAUAACUAUUCGCCGGAGAUUGUUCGCCGAGAUCAAUGCGGAGUAUAUUAGGAGGGAGAACCGAGGAUAAAGAGUGACACCGUGUCCCUAGAAGGGCGGGAAAUAAGUUACGAAAAAAGGGAGAAGGAUCGGUGAGACGACGGUGUGACUCGUCCGAACAGAGUGCAGGAAUUUGCAUUGUAUGCACAUUUGUGACGAUAUUCCGCACAUUAUGCUGGCUUUUAGAACGCACGUUUAGUGCGUCGAGUCGAUCGCCGUCAAUAUUUCUCGAAAGCGCAUUUCAAAUACGUUAUGAGUCACCUGUGAGUUUUACCUUCUGCAGAAGUUGCUCGCAUGGGGAUAAGACUUCUGAGGCUCUGUUUUAUAACAUUAAUCCAAGCUAUCGUUGGCUGAUACAUCCGCACCAUGUUGCAAAAUAUAGACAGGGAUUUGGUCCCUAUGAAAGCGCAUUAUUUUCUAUAUAAUGCUGCUACCGGACCAAUAGUGCCAUUUUUGCCAACAAUAGCAAAGCAGUUGGGCUUCUCUGCGACAUUAGUUGGCACGAUAUAUUCAGUUUUACCAAUUUCCGGCUUAAUUUCGAAACCGCUGUUCGGUGGUUUAGCCGACAAGUUCAAGUUACAUAAAGUUUUUUUCCUAAUAUUUCAAGUUGUGUUAACAUUAGCUUUCUUCUCAAUUUCAUAUAUUCCCAACACAGAUAGAAAUGCAAAUAUUACUCUUAUCUGUGACAAUAACAUAGCAUUCCUACAGAUUUGUCCAGAAAAACAGUUUUCAAAGGAAACUUUAAAUAAUGUAUUAGUGAAUGAUGUAUUAGAUAAACACACCAAAUCAGUUUGCCAGUUAACCUGUCAAGGACCGUCUCACGGUUACAUGGAGGUGUCUGACAGAAAUGUUUCUAAGUACGAAAAAUUCAAGUUUGACGGAAUCUUUGAUAUGUAUCAAGACUUGCCUUUGAAGGAUUGCGUGGAAGUAAAGAUACGUACGAUUCAGGAUGACAGCGUGCACCCUCCGGUAUGCGGCAACCGAAUGAGAACUUGGUGUACAGUGAAUUGCAACCAGAUUUUCGUUUCUCUCAACAAUCUUCUGAAAGAGGCUAAGAAGUUAAAUAGCGACGCCGAAGUUUACACUCAUCGAUUCUAUUUGUUUCUAUCGGCGGCUAUAGUGAGUUGGGUCGGAAUGGCUGUCGUAGUUAGCAUAGGUGAUGCUAUCUGUUUUGAUCUCCUUGGUUACGAAAGAAGAAAAGACUAUGGGAAACAGAAGAUGUGGGGUAGCAUAGGUUUCGGCAUUUUUGGCAUAAGCGCGGGAUAUCUGGUCGAUGUUUUCAGCAAGGGACAAAACGAGAAGAAUUACGACUGCAUAUUUUACAUUAUGCUGAUAGCGAUGAUUCUCGAUUUUAUCGCGUCUGCAACCUUGAGGAAGAAAAAUUCUGAAUGUAACAGAGACGAACCAUCGUUGUUAUGGGAACUGUUGAACGUCGCCAAGGAGGGGAGAGUGUUGGUGUUCGGCUGGUGGUGCAUAGGCGCCGGAAUGUGUACGGGAGUUAUAUGGAACUUUCUGUUCUGGUACACGGAAGACCUAAUGACCUCUACGUGGGUUAAAACUUUGCAGGGUUUCUUGACCGGUAUUCAGUGCUUCUUAGGGGAAUUGCCCUUCAACUUCUUGUCCGGUAGCGUGCUGAAGAAACUCGGCCAUGUUAACGUUAUGAGCCUCGUGCUGCUCGUCUAUGCGAUUAGAUUCAUGGCAUACAGUAUUAUAUCGAAUCCGUGGCUAUUUUUAAUUCUCGAACUGCUCCACGGACCUUCCUUCGGCCUAUGUUGGCCGACGAUGGUGUCUUACGGCGAUAAAGUGACACCGUCCGGUACAAAAGCCACUAUGCAAGGCUUUGUCGGUGCUAUUUUCGAGGGAAUCGGAGUGUCGAGUGGUAGCUUCAUAUGUGGUUGGUUGAUCGAUACUUACGGAGGUGCUACCGCAUUCCGAGUCUUCUCAGUGGGCGCACUUUUGUGGUUGAGUGCGUUUUGGACGAUGGAGCUUAUACUGAGAAAGUUCAAGGCCAAUCCCGUACAUCAAGGCCAUAAUCAUUUAGCAAAUUAUGCUAAUCCAGAUGAUGCUAUUCUCAUGACGAUAAGUCAGGAAUUGCAAACCUACUAACAGAGAAACGAUAAUUUAUAAUUAUAUACUUGUCAGUGUUUACAUGGGUGAUAAUAUUGUCGCAAUUGAGACUCAACGGAAUUAAUCUUUUUAUAGGAUAUUUAUAUGUUAAGGAGAAGUUUUUAUAUCGUCAUCAUUACUACGUCUAAUCUUUCGAUGUUGAAUGUUCAAGUAAAUUUCACUCAUUCAGUAUUAUAUCAUAAAUGUAAAUUAUAUCGCAUGUAUGUGUGUGUUUUUGUAUGUUCCCAUCGUAAUAUAAAUUUUUUUAGAUUA